GUCUCUCUCCUCAGUUUCUUCCCCAACGCAUCGCCUGAAAACCUCAGAAUUCCGGUGAUCGGAACCCUAACUGUGCUUUUUAUAUUUUUAACCUAACUUACAAACUCAAAUUUCCUCCAAUUUCUUGUUUACAGAAUGGCUGGGAGACACCGCAUUCCACCUCGUGAAGUCUUCAAUGAUCGGCGUGGGUUACCUCCUGAAAGACCUUUUGUCCGUGGUCCUCCUCUGCCACCACCUCAUCCCGCUCUGUUGGAAGAAGAACUUGAAAUACAGCAUGUUGAAAAACGAAGGCUCUUGAAUGAUAACCACAGGCUGGUUGAAGAUAGGAUGGCUCUACAGCGAGAGCUUGCUGGUGCAAGGGAGGAAAUUCAUCGCAUGAAUAUUGUCAUUGCUGAAAUUUGUGCAGAAAAAGAAAUGCACUCAAGAGAGCUUAUUGAGAAAGGCUUGAAACUAGAGGCAGAACUUCGUGCAACUGAGCCUUUAAAAAAAGACAGCCUGCAGCUCCGCACAGAAGUUCAGAAGCUAAAUAACAUUAAGCAGGAGCUCACUGGCCAAACUCAGACCCUCAAACAAGAUGUUGCAAAACUGCAAGCUGAGAAUCAACAGAUACCUCUUCUAAGGGCAGAGAUUGAUAGCCUGCGCCAGGAAUUAAUGCAUGCUAGGACUGCUAUUGAUUAUGAAAAAAAGGCAAAUAUUGAGCUGAUGGAACAGAGGCAAGCGAUGGAGAAGAACAUGGUCUCAAUGGCACGUGAAGUUGAAAAGUUACGUGCAGAGCUCACUAAUGUAGAUGGUAGACCAUGGGGUGCUGCAUAUGGGUUGAAAUUCAACAGUGCAGAGGGUUCUUUUCCUGGUCCAUUUGAUGGAUAUGGGAUUCAUCGGGGUGCUCCAGACAAGGGUCCUUUCUAUGGUCCAGGUCCUGCUUGGAAAAAGCCUCGGAUUCCCUGAUGUUGAGGUGUGGAGAAUCAUUCCCAGAAAGGGAACUUGCUGUGCUGCCAGCUAGUGAGUUCAACCUAUAUGAAUGAUCAAUAAGGGAUUAAGUGUUUAUCAUCCAUUUCCACAUGUGACUUCAGUACUUUUUUUUAAUCUAAAUGCAUUGUUAGUCAUUCUAAACUAUUUACAUAGAUUUAUUUUUUCUUUGUUUUAAUCUAUAGAGACAAUGCUUGAGAUUAGGGUACUGUAAUUCUAUUAGUGUACACUACUAGUUAAUCUGAAUGUCUGUCAUGUUAGUUGCUGACCUUUCUUGAAUUACAUGUAUAUGAGUUUCUUGAAUUACAUGUAUAUGAGUGAUCUUGGUGUGCGGAGGUGUAUCAUCUGUAAACUUGCUUCGAGGAAGGUAUCAUUUAUGGAUGCAGAUCUCUAACAUUCUGCGUACAUGCCAUUCUAUUUUAGAUGAAUGGGGUAGCUUUUCUUGUGGAAGAUUGUAGUGCUCUCUUAAGAUAAGUGAUUUUAGCGUUGAGGAUUUUGAAGUUGCAUUCUCUUUGCCACCAGUAGAAAUCCCAAAGAGAGAAUUCUUAUUGUUUAGUGUUUUAGCUGUAAGCGAGCUAUAUUGUUCUGGCAAUUUCUAUUAGGAAGUUAUCAAGAAUGAUUUGGUGCUAUAGAACAAAGCGUUCGGCAUUUUCUUUUAAGUUGUCUCUGGUGCAGUUUGCAAUUUAAGUUUCAAUGGAUGUCUCUGCUAGCACAAGCAGUGGGAUGAAUUAGGUUAAUAUUCAAUCUAUGUUAGUUUCUUCAGGUUUUUCUGUGAUGCAAUUAGAGGCAUUUGAAGAGUUAAAUUGUGGCUUUCUCCCAAGGAAUGGUUAAUUGGGGUCAUCUUUCUUACAAGUGAAUGAUGCUUAUAGAGUCAUGAGAAUGAAGAUAGAUUUGUUUUGAUUUCUGUGUUGAUGUAGGGGUGGAGAGUUGGUGAUGCUAUGUGAAAGGC